GGAGGGCGCGGAGGAGCGCUGGUUGGAAAGUUAGGCAAGAGCUAGUCUUAGCCAGGAGAAGUUUUGCUUCUGCACCGUGAGCAGUUCCAACCGCUUGCUAACUUCCGGGCUUUGUAGGAACUGAAAGGUUGGGAAGAGGCUAUUUUAACAAGCGACUCACUAUGCUUUGCCAGCUUUCCAAUUAAAGAUUGACAUUCCUACAUAAGCAUUUUCCUGUUAAAAUGUCCUUGCCCCUCACAGAGGAGCAAAGGAAAAAGAUCGAAGAGAAUCGACAAAAGGCUCUGGCCCGUAGAGCAGAGAAGUUUGCAGAACAACAUCAGAACGUAGGCUCAGGCUCCUUCACUGCUGCCAACCUUUCCCAGGCCAAGCAGGGCUCUUCCCAAAACCUCUCCAGGGCAACUUCAAAGCCAGUGAGCCAUGAGGUCAUCUUCAAGCAACAGAGUAUUUCAAUUAAUGAUAACCAAAGACCUAAUUCCCAUAAUUUUCAUCUCAACACAUCAGAGCAGACAAAGGAGAUGUGGAAAGGUCAAGAAAUGAAGUCUGUGACCUGCCCAAGCUACAGCCCACCAAGUCAAACAACCCUCACUGGGACCUUUCCUCCCAUGGUACAAAGUCCACCAGAGGUCCCUAACCCACAGCAUUUGAGUUACAAAUUAGGUCAAGGUUGUCUUCAGGCUUCACAUGAAGUCAAGUUGACAUCUUUUUCUUACACACCUCCUGAGCCUUUGGCCACAGUGAAGAGUUCCUGUGGGACCCCAGCUUCUUCCUGUGGACAGCCUCCUGGGGAUCUUGAAGUAGAGGCUAAGACAGCGAAGGCUUCAACUUCUGGGCAGAGCAUUUCUGACAUCCACUAUGGUUCAGGGAGUGUGAUACCCAGGACAGAAGGACAGCUCCAACAGAAGUUGGGCACCUCACUCCAGAAGGCAGUAAACUCCCAUAAGGGAACGUGCAUGAGGAAUGGAGAUCGCUUCCACGUCCAGAUUGGAUACAAUGCAGAGCUCCUUGCAGUGUUUAAGAGUCUACCCAGCAGGCGUUAUGAUCCUGUCACCAAGACGUGGAACUUCAGCAUGACUGACUACAGUGCCCUGAUGAAAGGAACCCAGCGCCUCUCCACCGUCACCCUGCAGCCUUUGGAAGGGACCGACAGCAGCAGGACCUCGACCUCCACCAGCAGCGGGGGACACGCCGGCCUUCCUUCAGCCUCAUCCCUCGCCUUUGUCAAAGGGCAGUGCAGGCUCAUCUCCCGGGCCCGCUUUGAGGUGGACAUCGGCUAUUCAGAGGAUCUGAUUGCACUGUUUAAGCAGAUGGAUUCCAGAAAUUACGAUUGCAAAACCAGGAAGUGGAACUUUCUCUUGGAAGAGCACAGUAAACUAAUUAAGAAGGUGCGCUGCCUCCCGCAGGUCCAGCUGGAACCUCUACCCACGACGAAAAACACACUUUUCAAGGGUCAUAAGGUCACCCUGGCUUUUGCAUCUCAGCUCGAGAAGACGUCGCUCAGUUCCACCGCAGAUGUCCCUGAGGCAGACCUUUCAGAAGUGGACCCCAAGCUCGUGUCCAGCCUGAUGCCCUUUCAGAGAGCUGGAGUCAAUUUCGCCGUAGCAAAAGGAGGCCGCCUGCUGCUCGCUGAUGACAUGGGCCUCGGGAAGACCAUCCAAGCCAUCUGCAUAGCGGCUGUUUACCGGAAGGAGUGGCCCCUCCUGGUGGUGGUGCCGUCCUCUGUGCGCUUCACCUGGGAGCAGGCCUUCCGUCGGUGGCUGCCAUCUCUGAGCCCAGAUCGUAUCAAUGUCGUGGUGACUGGGAAGGACCGCCUGACAGCUGGCUUGGUCAACAUUGUUAGUUUUGACCUUCUUAGCAAGUUGGAAAAACAGCUUAAAACCCCUUUUAAAGUUGUCAUCAUUGACGAAUCUCACUUCCUCAAAAACUUGAAGACUGCCCGCUGUCGAGCAGCAAUGCCCAUCCUGAAGGUUGCCAAGAGGGUGAUCCUACUGUCGGGCACACCAGCCAUGUCCCGGCCCGCAGAGCUCUACUCGCAGAUCAUUGCUGUCAAGCCAACCUUCUUCCCUCAGUUUCAUGCCUUUGGACUUCGCUACUGUGAUGCCAAGCGGCUGUCAUGGGGAUGGGAUUACUCGGGCUCCUCCAACCUGGGAGAGCUGAAGCUUCUGCUGGAGGAAGCAGUCAUGCUGCGGCGCCUCAAGUCUGACGUCCUUUCCCAGCUGCCUGCCAAACAGCGCAAGAUGGUGGUGGUCGCCCCAGGACGGAUCAGUGCCAGUGUCAGGGCAGCCCUGGAUACCGCAGCCAAGGAGAUGACCACAGACAAAACUAAAAAGCAGCAGAAAGAAGCCCUCAUUCUCUUCUUCAACAGAACAGCUGAAGCUAAAAUCCCAUCUGUCAUUGAAUAUAUCCUGGACCUGUUGGAAAGCGGGAGAGAGAAGUUCUUAGUGUUCGCACACCAUAAAGUGGUUCUGGAUGCAAUUACCAAAGCACUUGAGAAAAAGCACGUGCAGCACAUCCGCAUCGAUGGCUCCACCUCCUCAGCUGACCGAGAGGACCUGUGCCAGCAGUUCCAGCUGUCCGAGAGGCACGCCGUGGCGGUGCUGUCCAUCACCGCCGCCAACAUGGGCCUCACCUUGUCCUCAGCUGACCUGGUGGUGUUCGCCGAGCUGUUUUGGAACCCAGGGGUGCUGAUGCAGGCUGAGGACCGGGUGCACCGCAUUGGACAGACGAGCUCCGUGGGCAUUCACUACCUCGUGGCCAGAGGCACGGCUGAUGACUACCUUUGGCCCAUGAUCCAAGAGAAGAUUAAAGUUCUGGGGGAAGCCGGGCUUUCGGAGACCAAUUUCUCAGAAAUGACAGAAGCCACUGAUUACCUCUACAAGGACCCAAAGCAGCUGAAGAUCUAUGACCUAUUCCAGAAGUCAUUUGAGGAAGACGGAAGUGAUAUGGAACUUUUGGAGGCAGCAGAGUCCUUUGACCCAGGAAGUGGUUCGCAGGACACGGGCUACACUGAGUAUGAAAGCACAUUGACAGACAGUCCACUGAAGAAAAAGAGAUUUGAAUUUUUUGAUAACUGGGACAGCUUUACCUCUCCCCUGUAAGAGGGACUUGAAAAAAUGCAUUAGAAAAUCAUGGAAUUCAUUAAAAUAAAAUAAGGUAUUUG